CCGCCCUGGCACCUCCCACCUGCGUGAACGAUGCGUCUGAUCUUGCGCUAGACCGCAUUCUGACAGACGAUUUUAUUUAUAAAAUUAGCAGUAUAAACAUAUACAUUUUCAUAUGAAUCCAUCUAAAAUGGAUUCCAUAAUCGAUGCCACACCUUCCUAAAUUCUGAUCAUGGCAGAAGAAGCGUUUUAAUCGACGACAGGGUCGAUGGAGAGACUUUAACGUCAGAUUGAACCGCUGAGGUGAACCUGACUCAAUGAACCAUGCCUGGGAAAUUAAAGGCGAAGAUUGUUGCAGGACGGCACCUGCCUGUCAUGGACCGUGCCAGCGACCUGACAGACGCCUUUGUAGAGGUGAAGUUUGGAAACACAACAUUCAAAACUGACGUCUGUCCCAAGUCUCUAAACCCUCAGUGGAACUCAGAGUGGUUUAAAUUUGAGGUGGAUGAUGAGGAUCUACAGGACGAGCCUUUGCAGAUAACAGUACUUGACCAUGACACGUACAGCGCUAAUGAUGCCAUAGGAAAGGUGUACAUUGACAUCGAUCCAUUACUCUGCAGCGAAGCUGCAACUGUCAUCUCUGGGUGGCUCCCCAUCUAUGACACUAUACAUGGUAUAAGAGGAGAAAUCAAUGUAUUGGUGAAGGUUGAUCUCUUCAAUGACCUAAACCGCUUCAGGCAGUCGUCAUGUGGAGUUAAAUUCUUCUGUACAACGUCUAUUCCCCGAUGCUACCGUGCUGUUAUGGUUCAUGGAUUUGUUGAGGAGCUUGUGGUAAAUGAAGAUCCAGAGUACCAGUGGAUCGACCGCAUCCGAACCCCUCGUGCAUCUAAUGAAGCCCGACAGAGACUCAUCUUCCUCAUGUCUGGUGAACUUCAAAGGAAGAUCGGUCUGAAGGUGUUGGAGAUGGGAGGGAACACAGUUGUGGGGUACCUGCAGUGCUUUGAUCUAGAAGGAGAAACGGGCCUUGUGGUUCGUGCCAUCGGGACAGCCUGUACUCUGGAGAAAAUCAGCACACUCCCUACCACAAACACACAUCCCAGCAACUCCUCUCCUUCAAAAGACAUGAAAGACUCUCCGCAGGCUGCUCCUUCUACUCUCGGAUGUCGUUCCACACACAGCAGUCCGGUUCACAGCGCCAGCAGUCGUCUUUCUCAGGGCUUCUCCGUUUCUGUGCCAACACUGCUUUUUGCCGGUAUGAAACCCAGACACAGGAGCUCAGAGGCCCCCAGAGCCAGACAGUGUAGGCCAGUUUUUGGGGAGGAGGCCACAGGCGUCCCGUUACCCUCAGGACCUCCCACCCCUCUGAGAGCACAAACCUUCUCUUCCUUCUCCCCCUCCAAGUCCUUCAGCCGCCAGUCGUCCUCCUCUGACACCGAGCUCAGCCUCACCCCCAAAACCGUGAGGAUAUUUAUGUCUCCCAGUUCUCCUGCUCUUGAGUGCGAAUCAUCUUCCCUCCCCUCUGCCUAUCUGCCCCGCCACUUAUGGCCCGGGAUGGCCACCAGGAGUACAACUCCUCCCCCACUCCAUGUCAGCCAAUCAGACACAGCCAUGCUGAGAAAGUGCGUGUUUUUCAGUGAGGAACUGCUGCUGGCGGCCUCCGGAAUGGGCAGUGGUGGCAGUGCAGGAAAGGAGGCGGGGCCUCUUAAAGCUCUUCUGAGACAGCAUACCCAAUCAGCACUGGAGCAGAGAGAAUACCCCUUCUUCACGCUGACCUCCUUCCCUUCUGGAUUUCUUCUUCACGUUGGGGGUGUGGUCAGUGCACGCUCAGUAAAGCUUCUGGAUCGAAUCCACAACCCAGAUGAGCCGGAGACGCGAGACGCUUGGUGGGAGGAGAUCCGUCAGGAAAUUAAGUCUCAUGCCAAGGCUCUCGGCUGCCACGCUGUGGUUGGUUACAGCGAGUCCACCAGCAUCUGCGAGGAGGUGUGUAUACUGUCUGCAUCGGGCACUGCGGCGAUCAUCAGCUCUCGUUUCAUGCAAGAUGGUUCGCUGGAUGUUGAACACAGGUUGUCACGACAACCGGUUGUCUUUACUUCAGGGGCAGAGAGGUUCGAGGGGGAUAUGGGUAGUUCAGCAUCAUUGGGAUUUGAGGAGGUGGCGCCCCCUGGCUGUGGUUUCUGUCACAUACCGUAUGAUGAGUUGAAUAUACCGUUUCCUGCUCAGCUCACCUAUUGCUAUUGUUGCCGUCGCUACAAAGUGCCUGACAUCCUGUUCACCACAAUCGACUUACCUACUGAUGCCAAUGUCACCGGCAAAGGCUGCCUGAUUCAAGCCAGGUUGUGUCGGACUAAAAAGAAAGCCCAGGGUGAGGGAAACGCCACGGCUAUCAGCAAUCUGCUGCCCUUUUUGGAGUAUGAGCUCCACACGCAACUAAUGAACAAACUCAAAUUACGGGGCAUGAAUGCUCUGUUUGGCCUGCGUGUCCAGAUCAGCGUCGGAGAGACCAUGCUGCUGGGAUUGGCGUCUGCUACAGGAGUCUAUCUGACAGCGUUACCCUGUCCUGGAGGAAUCCAGGUAGCUGGAAAAACUCCCAGUGACAUGGCAUACGAACAGCACAUCACCAAUAUGCAGAAAAAAAUCAACGACACCAUAACUAAAAACAAAGAGCUAUAUGAAAUUAACCCACCUGAGGUUGUCGAAGAGAUAAUUGGUUCACCAAUCCCUGAACACCGUCAAAGGUCCCGCCUCUUUCGCUCUCACUCAGAGAGCUCAGACGAGGUGUUAGAACUAGACUUGUCUCAUGGGAAGAAGGACGCUUUUGUACUGGAGAUUGAUGACACUGAUGCGGUGGAAGAUAUUCAUGCACUUCUGACUGAUGCCCCCACCCCACCAGGGUUUUACAGUUGCAACACUGAAAUCAUGCCUGGAAUUCAGAACUGGACUUCAGCUAUACAGAUGUUUACCUCCGUGAGGGUCUUCCGCCUUAACAACGUCAACCUGACCAAUCAGGGACUGAAUAAGGUUUUCAGCGACCUCUGUGAGAAUCUGCUCAAGAGUUUAUACUUCAAACUGCGAUCGAUGAUCCCCUGCUGUCUUUGUCACCUAAAUUUCACUGUGGCCGUACCUGAAGAUGAACUCAUACAGGUGGCGGUGACAGCUGUGGCCAUGAGCUUUGACAAAGAUCAGACUCUGGAGAAUGGCAAGCACAGUGGGCAGAAGACAUUGAUAAAGGGAAUAUCAGAAAAUGACGAGCAGCUUCAAUUCAAUCUGGAGCUCAAUCCUGAGUCGUCUUCUCCAAACCCUCUCAGCUCCUCCAAAGGUCUGGCGGACGUUUCAGGCAGCCAUUCAUCAGCCAAAGCCCCCUCAGUUGAUUACAGUUCCUUUGCAGACAGAUGCAGUUCCUGGAUAGAGCAGCUUAAACUGAAAGCUCACACCAUAAGACGUGGAUCUAUUAAAACAACAUCAUCUCUGGAGAAGAACAGCCCGUUGCCAGAAGGCCGUUCUCGUUCUCUGCGGUCAAAUCGCUCGUACUCGGGUGGUUCUGUCACUGUGGUCAAAAUGACUCCUCUGUCUUUCAUUCCCGGAGCAAAGAUCAUCAAAUACCUCGGCAUCAUCAACAUGUUCUUCAUUAGAGAGACAACCUCGCUUAGAGAGGAGGGAGGUGUGAGCGGGUUUCUGCAUAUGUUCAUAGCUGAAGUAUUCGCAAUGGUUCGUGCCCACGUCGCUGCUCUCGGAGGAAACGCUGUAGUCUCCUACACCAUGAAGGAGUGUGUGUUCAUGGAGAACCCUAAUAAGAACCAGGCGCAGUGUCUGAUCAAUGUCAGUGGGGAUGCGGUUAUCUUCGUACGAGAAUCUGAAUCUGAUGUGGCGUCUCUACAGUCGCAGUCCGCUAAUACACAGACCUUCAACGGUGGGGACGGAACGUAAAGCCUAAUAAACACAAACAAACUCUCAAGUUCACCAGUUUUAACAUGAACCGUGCCAUCUUAAGCCGAGUGAAGCCAGGUCAUGUUGAAACUAACCUGUAAUUUAACCAAAUCGAUAGUUUCCAAAAAUAGGUGAAAAUUUGAUGUUUAAAAUUUUUUGUAUGUUAUAUUUUUGCCCCUUUGAUUUCACAGAAAUCUUUUGAUAUCCCUUUAUGGGAAAGGACUUCUGCCAUGUUUGUUUUUUGUUUUUGUUUUGAUUUGUAAGCCAUUGUUGUUCACAUUCCAUUUCGUCCAUGCGAGAUUGAGGCAGCUAAGAAAUUCAAAAAGUCUGUAGAAUGAGUUUGCGUUUAAAGUCGGUGUAAAAGUGUUGUCAUCUCUCAAAAACGACAAUGAUUUUUAAAGAAAAAAUCAACUACUGAUGUUCUCAUACAAACAUCCAGUUUAGAAAGAACUGAACCUGCCAUGCGGGUUUCGAAUCUGACAUUUCCUGUCAUGUCCUACUGAAAAAUCAUGUCAAGUGCUGGAAUUGUGUUUGUUUUCUUUUAUGUGCCACAACGUGUGCAUUUUUUAAUCAAAAUGUUUGGAUCGGACUGGUUAAACUGGUAAGAUCCAUUUUUGCAUGUGCAAUGCCAGUAAUUAUUAAUAAAAAGAGAUAUUUUAAUGCUGAGGCAUGUUUAUCGUGCACUGCCCAUGGGACACUUUAAUGUACAGAUGAUGGAAAUGGAGAGGAGACAAACGUUUGGAUGUGGUGGGCAGCUUGCCGCGUUUUAAUGCUGUUAUUUUGUACACAUGUUUGCCUGGGGACAAAUCAAAGUUGUACAUGAAGAAGAUAUAAAUGAAUAAAAAUCUUAUGGCUCUGAA